AUGGUUGAAACUGCCAAGAAGCCAUCGACUCCAUCGACUGGAAGGCUCUAUGUGAAAGGAAUUUUCACUGGCUUCAGAAGAGGAUUGAGAACUCAAUCCGAAAAUACAUCGCUCCUUAAAUUGGACGGUGUUUACAAUAAGGAAGAUGCCAAGUUCUACGUCGGCAAGCGCGUCGUCUUCCUCUACAAGGCAAAGAAAGCUACCUUGAAGACCGGUCACUCCGUUGCCACCCGCACUCGCGCCAUUUGGGGACGCGUGAUCCGGGAUCAUGGAAAUGCCGGAGCCGUCAGAGCCAAAUUUCAUCACAACCUUCCCCCAACAGCUCUUGGAAAGAGGGUGCGUGUGCUCUUGUACCCAUCUAACAUUUAA